CAACAACUGUGUGAAUAGAAACCUCGAGAGAAGAAGGAGCGAUGGAGCAUCUUUCCCAGGAUGCAGUCCGCACCUUCUUCAGCUUGCGGCUGGCGCAGCUGGAAGGCUUCGAGAGUUCGGACCUCACGGAACCAGAGCUCUUGGAGGCUUCAGCGUGGUUGGAGGAGCCUGAAGCGCGGUCCAUGUUUGCCUGGAUCGAGCAGGGCGAGACGAAGCGCCUCGUACAGGCCACGCUCUCUAGGACUGCUGCAUCAGAGAGCCGCAUUGAAGAUCGCUUACCGGCGCCAAUCAGAACAGGAGCUGUGAAGGAGUUUUGUUACUUCUUCAAGAGGGAAGAUGAUCAGCCGAUCACUUCAUCCAACCUCAAUGAACAAAUCCUGUUUGGAUGCUCUCGAGGUCCAUUGUUGGAUUCACUUCUGAGCCAGAUGAAUAACAUCUAUGUUCCUGUAGCGCUAGCUGACCACGGCUGGCCUGAUAAUGUACGAAAGGAGUUCACAUCACAAGUCCAGAACUUUAUGCUCACCGUGACCGCCAUGACUCAUCAAGGGAAAGGUAGCACGGUUCUUUAUAUUCCUCAGGACAACUUUGCCAACCUUGAAGCUGCCUCAAAGGAUAAGGACAUUGUACAGCGUUUGAAAGUUGCAUUGAUCCAUUGGCACAGGCAGAUCAAGGAGGUGACCACUCAGCAGGACUCGGCCAAUGAAGGUGAGAACAACGGCCCGCUGGAUGAAAUUGAGUUCUGGAACGCCCGUGACAAGAACUUGUCUCGCCUCCACGAGCAGUUGCAAAGCACAAAGCUGCAAGAGAUUCUGACAGUUCUGGAGCACGCAAAGUCUGGCUGGCUGAAGAAAUUUCGAGCAUUGGAGGAAGACAUCAAGAACGGAUCUAUCGAAGCCAAGGAAAAUUUGCGAUUCCUCAACUUUCUCAAAGAACCAUGCGAGAAGCUCGCAGAAGCAACGCCACCAGAGAUCCCUGCAAUUCUUCCAGAGCUAUUGAACUAUGUGCGUAUGAUUUGGUCCAUCUCCACCCAUUAUCAGAAGGAGGACAGGAUUUCAGGCCUCCUCAGAAAGAUGAGCAAUGAAAUCAUCAAGCGCUGUCAAGCCACUAUCGACCUGUCCGACAUUUUUGCUGGCAAAGUCGAGACCUCAAUGGUGAAGUUGCAGCAGUGUAUCGACUGCGGCCGUGAAUGGAAGAGGGCUUAUCAGAAGACUGUGAGGCUUUUGUCCAAGAACACUGAUCGACCGUGGACAUUUCCUGAAGGCAGCAUCUUUCUGCAGAUCGAUGCUUUCGUCCAGCGCUGCUGUGACCUCCUCGAGGUUUGCCAGGGCCUUCAGCAGUUUGCAUGCCGCUUCCGCGGCCAAGCCAUGCCAGCUUUUGGGGGCACCAAAGCAGGUGAGAUCAGCAACUCCCUGAAUGAGAUUGAGGACAAUUUCUUGAAGAACCUGCAACGAUUGCAACCUCCUUUUGUAGACUAUGACAUCCUGGACGUACGAGCACCCAAGUGGCCUGAUCACUUUGGCGCCUUCAAGAACCAGAUGAGGGAUUUGGAGGUGAUGUACAUGAAUGUCAUCAACAGCGCCUUCGAAGGGGUUGGAACUGUCCAGACAGCAUGCCAAGUGCUCGACAGCUUCUACCAAUUGGCACAGAGAGAACGCGUCAAAGCCUUCGUGGAGAAGAAGGGUGAGACCUUGUAUAACAUUUUCCUCAGCGAACUCAACCACAACAUUAAGAAAGAAUUUGACCAGUUCAGGAAGCUGCCUUCGCUACCGAUCAUCCAGGGACAUCCACAGUAUGCAGGGCCUGCACUGGCGGUACGUGGUUUGAUGCUGCGCAUUCAGCAGCAGAUGGCGGAGCUCGAUCAACUCUGCUACCUUGAAUGGUGCAGAGAGCAGGAGAACUGUCGAGACACCUUCAAUACCUUGCAUGGAAACAUGGAGACUUUCGUUCUCACGAACUUCCAAGACUGGGUGCAGGAGCUCAAGGGUAUGGACGACCAGAACCUGCCCAAGCGGUUGCAGGUGAACUUGCUCGUUAAGCCAGAGGAGACAGUCAGCAGCAAGUUCAAGGGAGGCCUUUUGGAGUGCAACUUCGACAAGGAGCUCUUGAAGAUGUUCCAAGAGGUGUACUACUGGGAGAAGAUCCAGGGCAGUGGUAUUGUCGUGCCAUACGCUGCUCAUGAACUGGCAGGACAUCGGGACAAGCUCCGUGUUCUCCGUGAGCAUGUCCUACGUGUUGUCAGGGACUACAAUCAGAUUAUGUCAGCACUGUUGCCCGAGGAAAGGCGCCUCUUCAACCAUCAUAUUCGAACGCUGGACCGAAAGAUUGGACCUGGCCUGACAAAGUUCAAUUGGACUUCGGAUGGCAUCAAAGAGUUCUUUGUUCGGGACAGCUGCAAGGAGUGUGCCAAAGUCUAUGACUGGGUGAAGCAGUUCAAGAGGAACAACACAGAGAUUCUUCAGGUCUGCAAGAAGCUGUCAGAGCUACACAUGAUCAAGAUUGAAAAGAAGACAGUGCAUCGGGAUGAUGAGUUCCGCGACGUGCAGGAGAGACGGCGAGAAGAGGUGAAGGCUGAGUUCAACAAGUCCUUGCACAAGAUCACUGAGCUGAUGCUGAGUUCCUACACAUUUUUCGAGUCGCAUCCUCCGGACAUUCAGCGAGAAUGGAAGACCUACAUAGACAAGGUUGACAAGAGCAUCAAGGAGUCUUUGAAGAAGGCUGUGAAGACCAGCUUGCAAGAUCUUUGCAAAGCUUUGAAUGGUGACACCAAAACAGAACCAUCUCCACUCUUCAAGAUUCAGGCUGUUCUGGACGAGUCAAAGAUGGACUUCAAACCACCAAUGGCACAGCUCAAAGACUUAUUGCAGAUGGUGUGCCGUGACAUGACAAUGACACUGUCAGUGGUUCCGAGAUUGGCAGAGCACCUCUAUGCUGUCAAGACCGAGAGGGAUCGGAUCAAGAAGCAGCAGCUUGAGGAAGCUGGAGAUUUGGCUGGUGCCAACGCUAUCCCGCCACCAGGUGACCCGCCUAAGAAGAAGAAGGGCUUCUUUGAGGAAAUCUCCAAGGAUGAGGACUGUUGCCUUAAGUACGUCAAGGAGGUGCUGCGAGGCUUCAACCACUGCGCCAUGCGUUUGGGAGAGCGGCUGAAGUUUUGGAACAGCUCCUACCAGCCGAUCGUGUCUUCAGACAAGGAUACGUUCAUCAGGCGUUACAAGAAGACUGAGCGAUCCCUGACGAUCGUUGGGCAAGACAUCCAGCGCUACAAGGACGUACAGAGUGACAUCCAGCAGGAGGAGCCCAAGGUGGUCAUUGAUUUCAUCGAGACUGACUUUCAACCGCUGAAGAAUGCACUGGUGGAUCACUGCCAACAGUGGCAGAAAAAGCUGACAGAUCUCCUGAACGAGAACGCGCGAACAGAGAUGAACCGACUCUUGGAGUACUUUGAUAGCAACACGAAGACCUUCCACUCCGAGAUCAGUGACAUGGACGAACUCAAGAAUCGCAUCGCCUUAUUGGAGCAGUGCCGCAAGGAUGAUGCAGAAAUGGAGAACAAGAUCAAGCCCAUUGAGGAUAAGUACUUGAAGCUUACUGAAUUUGAGGUGGUGCCCUCUGAUGAGGAACUGCAGCGGAAGGCACAAAUGCGGCCACAGAUGGAGACCUUCCGGGAGACUCUGGUAGAAGCAGAGAUUCGCAUCAGCAAAUCCAAGAAGCAGAUGAAGGCAGGCCUCGAGCAAGAUCUUGGAAGCUUUGGGCAGAGCAUCCGGGAUGUCAAGACAGAUUUCGGCCGCCACGCACCAUACAAGAGCGAGGGCCUGACUCCUGAAACGGCCGCCUCGAUGCUACAAAACUACCGUAACCAGAUUGAAGCAAAGAGGAAGCUGGAAGCUGAAUUCCGACCGAAGCAAGAGCUCUUUGGGAUAGAGCCAGCCAACUACAAGGAGUUGGAAUGGGUGGAACAGGAGAUUGAGAAGCUCACGAUGGUUUGGGACAUUCGAGAUGGCUGGAACAAGGAAUGGGACAAACUUCGAUCUGGAAGCUUCCAGUCUCUGAACACAGACGACAUGGAUGAGUUGGCUAUGCAAUUCCUUGGUAAACUUCGGAAGGUCAUUGGAAAGGACAAGAAUGUGCAGAACUGGCAAGUAUAUCAAGACCUGAAGUCUGAUCUCGAAGUCUUCCGCAACAUGAUGCCUGUCAUCACACAUUUGCGUUCUGAUGCCAUGCGCGAGCGACAUAUUGAAGCGAUUGUGAAAGAAGUGAAGGAGGCAUUCAAUCCAAAAGACGCUGGCUUCACUCUCCAACGCGUCAUGGAUUUGGGCCUUCAAAAGCAUGCUGACCUGAUUGCUCGAUUGUGUGACGAUGCGAAGAAAGAGGCGAAGAUCGAGAACGGCUUGGAAGACAUUGCCAGGAUUUGGUCCACCAUGACCAUCGAUGUUGUGGAGCACAAGGGAGACGCGUUCAAAGUACGAAGCACGGAGGAGCUUUACCAGGCACUGGAUGAGAACAUCCAGGCCUUGUCCUCCUACAAGAGCUCUCCCUUCUAUUUGCCUUUCGCGCCAAAGGUGGAAUACUGGGAGAAGACCUUGGCUCACAUUUCAGAAGUUACUGAAUCCAUUCAGUCAGUUCAGAAGUCCUGGAUGUACUUGGAGAACGUCUUCCGUGGCUCGGAAGAUAUUCGACCUCACUUGCCCGAUGAGUCCAUUAUGUUCGACGAUGUGAACGAAGGAUUCAUCAACAUGAUGAGGAAAGUUUAUCAAGAGCCAUUGGCAACAAAAGCAUGCACGCAGCCGAAGAUGCUAGAGAACCUGCAGUCAUUCGAGGCCUCUUUGGAAAAUAUUCAAAAGAAGCUUAACGACUACUUGGAGAAGAAACGGCAGUUCUUUCCUCGCUUCUACUUCAUUUCCAAUGAUGACCUGCUUGAGAUUUUGGGCCAGGCUCGCGAUCCUGAGCAAGUUCAAAAGCACGUCAAGAAAUGUUUUGAAGGUGUAAAGUCGUUGGAGUUGCAGCCACCGGCACAGAAUCGCAGAUGGGAGGCAGUCGGCCUCAACGCCCCAGAUGGCGAGAGGGAGAAGUUGGUGGCGCCAGUGAAGCUUGAGGGGCCAGUGGAGGUGUGGUUGGGCUUGGUGGAGAAGCGUAUGUUCGAAUCUCUGAAGGCGCACCUUGUCAAGUGCCACAACAUGAACAUCAACCCCAAGGCAAUGAAGAAAGAGAAAUGGGUGAAAGAGUUCCUUGGCCAACUCCUGAUCACAUCUGGGCAAAUUGCUUGGACCACAGACUGUGCAGCAGCACUGGGUAAAGUGGAGAAGGGCCAGAAGAAUGCGCUGAGGAUGCUGAAGAGGACACAGAGUAAAUAUAUUUCGAAGCUCUGCGAGAUGAUCCGAAAACCUUUGACCAAGAUUGAGCGCAACAAGCUGGUGGCACUUAUCACAAUUGAAGUGCAUGCAAGAGACGUACAAGAUCGCAUGAUUAACCUGAAGACAGAAUCGCCCAGCAACUUCAAUUGGACCUCCCAGCUGCGCUUCGAGCUGCGGGACAGUCAGGAGGACUCCUCUGGUGGUCAGCCGGUGCAGACAUGCGUAGUUCUGCAAACCAACACAACGGCACCUUACGGCUACGAGUAUCAGGGCAACAACGGCCGUUUGGUGGUGACACCCAUGACUGACCGCUGCUAUAUGACUUUGACCACUGCCAUGCACCUGAAGCGAGGUGGCGCACCUGCAGGCCCUGCAGGCACAGGUAAGACUGAGUCAGUGAAAGACUUGGGCAAAGGCAUGGCGAUGUACGUCAUUGUUUUCAACUGCUCCGAUGGCUUGGACUACAAAUCCUUGGGCCGCAUGUUUUCGGGUUUGGCACAGUGUGGCUGCUGGGGCUGCUUCGAUGAGUUCAACCGCAUCGAUGUCUCUGUGUUGUCCGUGGUUGCAGUGCAAAUCAUGACCAUUCAGAAUGCCUUGAAAGAAGAGAAAGACAAGUUCCUGUUCGAGGACAUCCUGAUUAGCUUGAAGAGAACUUGUGCGGUCUUCAUCACGAUGAACCCCGGUUAUGCUGGACGUUCAGAGCUGCCAGACAAUCUGAAGGCAUUGUUCCGACCAGUGGCGAUGAUGGUCCCAGACCUUGCCAUGAUCAUGGAAAUCAUGCUGGUGUCAGAAGGCUUCAAGGACUUCAAGAUGUUAGCCAAGAAAAAGUUCACACUUUACCAGAUGAUGCUGCAGCAGAUGUCCAAGCAGCAUCACUAUGACUUCGGACUACGAAACAUCAAGUCCGUUCUGGGAUGUGCAGGUGCUUUGAAGCGCAAGGAGCCAGAUAUGCCAGAGCAAAUCCUUUUGAUGCGCGCAAUCAAUGACAUGAAUGCUCCCAAAUGGGUGUCACAAGAUGUUCCUCUUUAUCAAGCACUUCUGAGCGACAUUUUCCCAGGAGUGGAGCUUCCUGUCCCUGACUAUGGAAAGCUGGAGGAGGUGAUCAAUCAGGUUUUGGAAGAGAUGGGAUGCCAAAAAGUCAAGCAUUCUGUGGCAAAGUGCAUCAGCAUCUACGAGACAAAAAUCACCCGCCAUGGCAACAUGCUGGUGGGCGGAACGCUUGGUGGCAAGAGCGUGUGCUGGAAAACUUUGGCAAAGGCCAAGUGCAUCCUGAAGUCCAUGGGUCAGGAAGGCAUGGAGAAAGUGAUCUUUGACAUCAUCAAUCCAAAGUCAAUCACCAUGAACGAACUGUACGGCGCCUAUGACGCAGCCACAAUGAUGGAAUGGACCGAUGGUGUCCUGUCCUCGAUUAUGCGGCGCAUGUGCCAGGACGAGAAGCCGGACGAGAAGUGGUUGGUACUGGAUGGGCCUGUGGAUACUCUUUGGAUUGAGUCCAUGAAUACAGUGCUCGACGACAACAAGGUCUUGACGCUGAUCAACGGAGACCGAAUUUCAAUGCCUCCGAUGGUCCGGCUUCUUUUUGAGGUGGCCGAUCUUGCCCAAGCCUCGCCUGCCACCGUUUCCCGUGCUGGCAUGGUGUAUUUUGAUCCGCCAGACCUGGGAUGGGAGCCAUAUUUCAAGUCUUGGGUUGAGAACUUCAUUCCAGCCAACAGACAGACAGAUGUGAUGAACCUGGCAGAGAAGUGGAUUCCCAAGUGCCUCAAGAUUCGCAAAAACUGCGUUGAGCUUGCACCUAUCGUCGAUACCAAUGCGGUCAUGUCGCUGACUCGAUUGUAUGAGACAUUCGCGCCAAAAAUUGACAUUGAAAGCUUUGGAGAAAAGACCCUGGAAGCUUUGGACAAGCUGUUUGCAUUCUCCUUGAUCUGGUCAUUGGGAGCUUCCAUUACAGAGGCAUCCAGGCCGACCUUCGACCAAUGCGUGCGAGAAGUGGAGAAUUACUUCCCGGCGUCUCAAUCGAUCUACGAUUAUGCCUUCAACUUUGAGAAGGCGGACUUCGCACCCUGGGACGAGAAGCUGCCAAACCCCUUCCGGCCAGAGGAAGGAACCCCGUUCCACAAGAUUGUCGUGCCUACCACGGAUACCAUCCGAAAUCUCUUUAUUUUAAAGUCGCUGAACUCCAAGCAUUUCCACAGCCUUUUGGUGGGUUGCACUGGCACGGGCAAGACAAUCGCUGUUCAAGAGGCCAUCGCCGGGUUGGAAGAAACUUCGUGGACAUCCUUGACAAUCAACAUGUCAGCUAUGACGUCUUCAGGCAAGACGCAAGAAAUUAUUGAAAGCAAGAUCGAAAAGAGAAUCAAGAACAAGUUUGGUCCUGCUGGCAACAAGCGCAUGCUCAUGUUUGUGGACGACUUGAACAUGCCGAGGAAAGACACCUUUGGCUCACAACCACCUUUGGAACUUCUGCGGCAGUGGAUCGACUAUGGUUGCUGGUAUGAUCGCCAGAAGCAAACCCUGAGGUAUGCAGAAGGCAUUCACAUGGUCUCUGCUAUGGGACCACCUGGCGGUGGCCGCGCUGUGAUUUCUUCACGCUUGCAGAGCGCAGCCAACAAUCUUUGCUUUGUCAAUCCUGCCGACAGCCAGAUCAAGCGCAUUUUCAUGACGUUGGCCAGCAACAAGCUGAACACGUUCCAAAGCGAAGAGAUCAAGGCGCUUUCUGAGCCUUUGACAAUGACCACCAUCAACAUCUACACCCAAGUGAUUGACGGUUUUCUGCCAACACCUGAGAAGUGCCACUACCUCUUCAAUUUGCGGGAUAUUGCGAAGAUUUUUCAAGGGAUCUACUUGGCAGAUACUAAGGUCCACGAACAGAAGGAGCAGAUUGUCCGUCUUUGGUACCAUGAAUGCUGCCGUGUCUUCUGUGAUCGCCUCAUCAACCACGAGGAUCGUGAGAAGUUCCGGAGCCUACUUGACGCCGCAAUGGACAAUGGCCUCCAAGUAAGGCAGAAAGAGAUUGACGGUGGCGAUCCGGACUUUGUGUUCGCAUCCUUGGAUUUGACCAAUCCAGAAGCAGAAGAUGCCGUCUAUGACUACAUGCAAGACCGCAAUGGUGACUCAGGCCUCAAACGGUUCAUGGAAAGCAGGAACGAGGACUACAACGCCAUGUUCAAGAAGUCACCCAUGUCCCUGGUUAUGUUCAAGGAGGCGGUGGAGAUUUGCUGCAAGGUGUUGCGCAUCUUGAAGCAGCCACAAGGCAAUGCACUCCUCAUCGGCGUGGGUGGAUCUGGAAGGCAUUGCCAAACAAGGUUGGCUUCCUUUAUUGCCUUCUACAAGUGCUUCUCCAUCGAAAUCACCAAGCAGUACAAGCAUAAUGCAUUCUUGGAGGACCUCAAGAAGCUUUAUGAGCUCACCGGUGUCAAGAACCAGAGGAUGACAUUCCUUUUUUCAGACACUGAGAUUGUGGAGGAGAGUUUCUUGGAGGAUGUUGCCAACAUGCUGAGCAGUGGUGAAGUACCAAAUCUUUUCACUGGGGACGAGCUCUCAACUGUACGCGCCAGCUUGGAGAAAGCUGGUAAGGAAGCGAAGAUUGCGCAAACUCCAGAAGCUAUGUAUGAUUUCUUUAUCUCUCGUGUGCGAGAGAAUUUGCACAUAGUCUUUUGCAUGUCCUACAUUGGCAACAACUUCCGAGACUAUUGCCGUAUGUACCCCUCUUUGGUAAGCUGCACUACUGCCAUUUGGCUUCUGCCAUGGCCAGCUGAAGCUUUGACUGAAGUGGCCUUGAAAUUCCUCACCGAAGGCGAACUUGAAGAGCAUCUCCGUCCACCUGUUGCAGAGAUUUUCGGGGCCGCCCACACGACAGUAAUGCGUUUCUCCACGCGUAUCUACCAGGAGCAGAAGCGCAUGAAUUAUGUCACGCCGACCAACUACUUGGAGCUUGUGCAAGGCUACAUGAAGAUGCUGAAGGACAAGCAAAAGGAAUUAGGAGCAGCAGCUGACAAGCUUCGCAAUGGCCUGUCGAAGCUGGAUGACGCUCGAGUCCAGGUGGCAGAGAUGAGCGUGGAUUUGGAAGAGAAGCAAAAGAUUUGUGACGUCAAGGCCAAGGAGUGUGAAGAACUUCUCAAGGUGAUUACAGCAGAGCGAUCCAAGGCAGACGCACAACAAGCACAGGUGGAAGCAGACUCCAUCCGCAUUGAGAAGGAGGCCAAGGAGACCAAGAUCUUGGCGGACGAUGCGACGCGCGAUCUUGAGAAAGCCAUGCCAGCUCUUGACGCUGCUGUGGAUGCCCUGGAGAAGUUGGAUAAGAAAUCCAUUGCCGAGGUGAAAGCAUAUCCCAAACCACCAGACGCAGUGAUGAAGACCAUGUGCGCAGUGAUGACGGUUAUGGAGAAGACUCCUUCCUGGGGUCAGGCAAAGACAGAGCUGAAUGAUACAAACUUCUUGGUGAGGAUCAAAAACUUUGAUAAGGACAACAUUAAGGAUACCACACUCAGGAAAAUCGAGAAGUUUACGAAGGAUUCCAACUUCACACCCAAGUUGGUGUCCAAUGUCUCGUUGGCUGCGGGCGCAUUGUGCCAGUGGGUGCAUGCCAUGAAGAUUUAUGCUGAGAUCUAUCGAGAAGUGGAGCCAAAGAGGAACAAGUUGAGACAAGCUCAAGAGAAGUUGGAGUCGAAGCAAAAGCAAUUGCGCGAGGCAAAUGCGGAACUCAAGAAGGUUCAGGACCUUGUGAAGGGCCUGAAUGACCAGUUCAACUCGUCCAACAAUGAGAAGGAGACCUUGGCACGAACGGCUGAAGAGCUCAAGGUAAAGCUAGAGCGUGCAGGCAAGUUGGUCGAUGGCCUGGCGGGUGAGAAGGUCCGCUGGACGGAGUCCUUGGGGAAAUUUGAUGCCCAGCAAGAGAAUCUCUUUGGUGACUGUCUGGUGUCAGCGGCCUUUAUGAGCUAUGCAGGGCCCUUCGGCGCAGCCUAUCGCGAUGAGCUCGUAGAACAUGAGUGGAUGGCCAGCGUCAAAGAGAAGGAAGUGCCCUUCACCAGCAGCUACACAUUUGCCAGCUUCCUUGCCAAGCCCACAGAGGUGAGAGAAUGGAACCUUCAAAAACUUCCUGCAGACGACUUUAGCACAGAGAAUGGUGUGCUGGUGACCAAAAGUCGACGCUUCCCACUGAUGAUUGACCCACAGAGCCAGGCCAACACCUGGGUGAGGAAGAUGGAAGAGUCACGUCAGCUCAAGGUGUUUGACCCGAACUCCAAGGACAUCAUGAAAUCCUUGGAGCGUGCUAUCGAAUUUGGCACUCCGGUCCUGCUGGAGAAUGUUGGUGAGGAGCUGGACCCAUCUUUGGAACCCAUUUUGGCGAAGAACGUCAUUGACAACGGGGGUGGAACUUUGUCCCUUAAGGUUGGAGACAACGUAUUGGACUACAACCCAGCCUUUAUGUUCUACAUCACUACCAAACUGUCCAACCCGCACUACACGCCUGAGGUAUCCACCAAAACAACCAUCGUGAACUUCAUCGUGGUGCUGGAUGGUCUCACCAACCAGCUGUUGGGCGUUAUUGUUCGUUGUGAAGACAAGCGACUGGAGGAGGACAAGAACCAAUUGCUCUUCCAAGUGGCCAAGGGCCGCAACCGUUUGGUGGAACUCGAGAACGAGAUCCUGCGACUUUUGGCAGAGACAAAGGGCUCUCUAUUGGAUGAUCUGAGCCUGAUCGAUACUCUCCAGGAGUCGAAGGUCAUCAGCAUUCAGACCACCGAGCAGGUCGCUCACGCCGAACAGAACAUGGUCAAGAUCGAUGGUCAGCGCGAGAACUAUCGCCCUGCUGGUUUGCGGUCCGCAGUGCUUUAUUUCGUUCUCAACGACUUGGUGGCAAUUGAUCCAAUGUACCAGUUUGCAUUGGCAGCCUAUGAAAUCCUGUACAUCCAGAGUAUUGAAAAGAGCGCGGAAAAGAAGAUCUCUGUCGGAGGUGUCGAAGAGCGGAUUGAGGACUUGAAUGCCUUCCAUGCUUUGGCUGUCUACAAGUAUGGAUGCCGCGCAAUCUUCGAGCGACAUAAGCUUUUGCUGUCGCUGCAUCUUUGCGCACAAGUUCUCAAGUAUUCCAACGAUCUCAACGAGACAGAGUUCUCAUUCUUCCUUUUCGGCGGACAGGUCUUCGAUAGAUCCGGCCAGUCACCCAACCCCUCACCAGAUUGGAUCAACCAAUCGAUGUGGGACAACAUCAUCGAGGCUGACUCUAAGUUGGAGUCCUUCAAAGGUUUCCAGACCUCACUGGAGCAGUCCUUGCGGGACUGGAAGAAAUGGUACAGCGGCUCUGAGCCAGAAAAGGACAACCUGCCUGGAGAGUGGCACGAGCGUUUGGAUCCGCUGCAGAAGCUCAUCGUAGUUCGUUGCAUCAGACCGGAUCGUGUCCUACCUGCAGUGCAGGUCUUUGUAGCACUGAAACUCGAUUCAAAGUUCGUGGAGCCUCCCCCGUUGGAUUUGGAAGCCAUUUAUGACGAAACCUCCUGCUUGACCCCGCUCCUGUUCGUGCUGACGCCUGGCAUGGAUCCCACAGGCCAAUUGAGGGCUUUGGCCGUUUCAAGGAAUGUGGCCUGGCAAACCAUCUCGCUGGGACAAGGACAAGAGCCGAAAGCAGAGAAGAUGAUGAAAGAUGGCGCGGAGAAGGGUUUCUGGGUCCUUCUGGCCAAUUGUCAUUUGUGUGUCCACUGGCUGCCAGCCCUGGAGAAGCUGAUCGAGAGGACCUUUGACCAAGGCCCCCAUGAGAAGUUCCGGAUCUUCAUGUCCUCCUCGCCAACACCCAAGUUCCCCAUCCAACUUCUUCAAAAUUGCAUCAAGAUGACAACAGAGCCGCCAAAGGGUCUCAAGGCCAAUUUGGUGCGGUUGCUCCAAAACACCUCCGAGGAUUCCUACAACCGCGUGAAGGAGACUCAGAAGUAUCGGCGGUUAUUCUUUUCCUUGUGCUGGUUCCAUGCAGUGCUUUUGGAGCGGAAGAAGUUCAAGAUGCUGGGCUGGAACAUCGGCUAUGACUUUAACGAUUCUGACUUUGACAUCUGUGAGAACAUCCUGGCAAUGUAUUUGGACGAGAACCCUACUGAAAUUCCGUGGGAUGCUAUUCGCUAUCUCAUCGCCGAGGCCAACUAUGGUGGACGCGUCACUGAGCAUCCCGACAACCGUGUGUUGAGGUCUUAUGUCAACGAGUUCUUCUGCACUGCGGCAUUGCAACCCAAAUUCCAGCUGUCAACUCUGAACACCUACUACAUUCCGGAGGACGGCAGCCUUCACAGCUAUCGACAAUACGUCCAGUCCCUGCCUUUGAGCGAGCCCCCCGAGGCGUUCGGGCAGCAUACAAAUGCUGAAAUUUCAUCAUCCCUUGCUGACACGGACAUUUUGAUGCAGACAAUGAUCGAAGUACGUGGUGGAGGUGGUUCUGCAGCUGGUGGUGAUAUUGGGGAGACAGUCUAUGCCACCUGCAACACGCUCUUGGAGAAGUUGCCAGAGAAUUUGGAUUGGGACGAGGUUCGAGAUCGCAAUGAGGCAGACUCUUCACCCUUGAAGGUGUGCUUGCUCCAGGAGAUUGAGAGGUACAACGUCCUCUUAUCCAGCAUCCGCUCUUCGGUCAAGACUUUGCAGAAAGGAAUCCAAGGCUUUGUGGUAAUCAGCAAGGAACAAGAAGCCGUGCUCAACUCGCUUUAUGCGGGCGCGGUGCCUGCAUCUUGGCUUUUUGCAUACCCUAGCUUGAAACCACUGAGCAGCUGGAUGCCUGAUCUGGCAGAUCGAAUUGAGCAGCUGAACACCUGGGGUUUCGUAGGAGUGCCAAAGGUGCUUUGGCUAGGUGGCUUGACUUACCCCACGAGUUUGCUCACAGCGGUGCUGCAACAGUCUGCUCGAAAGAACAUGGUUUCAGUCGACACCCUCUCAUUCGACUUCGUCGUGUUGAACCAGGAAGAGUCCAGCAUCACCUCACUUCCAAAGGAGGGAGCCUACAUCAAAGGUAUGAUUCUGGAAGGAGCCAAGUGGGAUUCGAACGCUGGAUGCCUUGCAGAUGCUGACACCAUGGCGCUCUUCAAUCCAAUGCCCAUGGUCCAUUUCAAGCCGGUAGUUCGCAAGAAGGCAUCCACCGAAGGCAUCUACCAGUGCCCGCUAUACCUCUACCCAAUCAGGACCGGCACUCGUGAACGACCUUCCUUCAUGAUCUGGGUGGACUUGAGGGCUGGCAACUUCUCAGCAGACCAGUGGACCAAGCGGGGCACGGCUUUGCUGCUCUCUGUUGCAACCUGAGAAUGCGAAAUUUGAAAUUGAAUUCGAGUGCAAUGCUGCGAUUCUGGCCGUCGGCCAACAUCGAAAC